CCCCACCUUCGUGCUCACCCGCGGCCAAGUCCAGCGGUCAACACUACCAUCCCGGCCACAGUCCACACCAAUCCCCAGUUCCCCACCCACCCUGGUUGCUCUACCUAUUUAAUCCCUUCCCUCUCCUCCGUUUCCAUCCAAGAAGAGCAUCCCCGACCUCCCCUACUCCAUCCAGCUCCUCUCUCUCACGGCCGCUCCACAGAAUCGCCACAUAGAAAAUCCAGCUGUUUCAGUAAAGAUAACCAGCCUCUAAUCUCUACUCGAGCUCUUUUCUCCCACAAAUCUGCUCCAUCGAGACUUCAAGAUCCAUUGUUGAUCAAACCAAUGGCGGCCAACGGCAACCACGGUUUGUGCGUGGCCGAGCCGCGGAGUGCUGACCCUCUCAACUGGGGGAAAGCCGCGGAGGCGCUGUCGGGGAGCCAUCUGGACGCCGUGAAGCGGAUGGUGGAGGAGUACCGCAGGCCGGUGGUGGUUAUGGAGGGCGCAAGCUUGACCAUCGCCCAGGUCGCGGCGGUGGCCGCCGCCGACGGGGCCAGGGUGGAGCUCGACGAGUCCGCCCGCGGCCGCGUCAAGGAGAGCAGCGACUGGGUCAUGACCAGCAUGGCCAACGGCACCGACAGCUACGGCGUCACCACCGGCUUCGGCGCCACCUCCCAUCGGAGGACCAAGGAGGGCGGCGCUCUGCAGAGGGAGCUCAUCCGGUUCCUUAACGCCGGUGCGUUCGGCACCGGCAGCGACGGCCAUGUGCUGCCCGCUGCCACCACGCGCGCGGCGAUGCUUGUCCGCGUCAACACCCUGCUCCAAGGCUACUCCGGCAUCCGCUUCGAGAUCCUCGAGACCAUCGCCACGCUGCUCAAUGCCAACGUGACACCGUGCCUGCCGCUCCGGGGCACCAUCACCGCUUCUGGCGAUCUCGUCCCGCUCUCCUACAUCGCGGGACUUGUCACCGGCCGCUCGAAUGCCGUGGCCGUGGCUCCUGAUGGCACUAAGGUUAAUGCCGCCGAGGCAUUUAAGAUUGCGGGCAUCCAGCACGGCUUCUUCGAGCUGCAACCCAAGGAAGGCCUUGCUAUGGUUAAUGGCACGGCGGUGGGCUCCGGGCUCGCGUCCAUAGUUCUCUUUGAAGCGAAUGUUCUUGGUGUGCUUGCCGAAGUUUUGUCGGCGGUGUUCUGCGAAGUGAUGAACGGCAAGCCAGAGUACACUGACCACCUGACACACAAGUUGAAGCACCAUCCUGGACAGAUCGAGGCCGCGGCCAUCAUGGAGCACAUCCUGGAGGGCAGCUCCUACAUGAUGCUCGCGAAGAAGCUUGGCGAGCUCGACCCAUUGAUGAAGCCAAAGCAAGACAGAUAUGCUCUCCGCACAUCGCCGCAAUGGCUUGGGCCACAAAUUGAGGUCAUCCGUGCAGCGACGAAGUCAAUCGAGCGCGAGAUCAACUCUGUCAAUGACAACCCACUUAUUGACGUAUCUCGUGGAAAGGCAAUCCACGGUGGAAACUUUCAGGGCACGCCCAUCGGUGUGUCCAUGGACAACACGAGGCUUGCCAUUGCUGCGAUUGGCAAGCUCAUGUUUGCCCAGUUCUCAGAGCUAGUAAACGACUUCUACAACAAUGGCUUGCCCUCCAACCUCUCUGGUGGCCGCAACCCAAGUCUUGACUAUGGCUUCAAGGGUGCCGAGAUCGCAAUGGCGUCAUACUGCUCGGAGCUCCAAUUCUUGGGCAACCCUGUGACCAACCAUGUCCAGAGUGCGGAACAGCACAACCAAGAUGUUAACUCCCUCGGAUUAAUCUCAGCCCGUAAGACUGCCGAGGCCAUCGACAUUCUGAAGCUCAUGUCCUCUACAUUUUUGGUUGCACUGUGCCAAGCCAUCGACCUGCGCCACCUCGAGGAGAAUGUCAAGAACGCAGUCAAGGAUUGUGUCACAAGAGUGGUCAGGAAGACCCUGAUCACAAAUGACAUGGGUGGCCUCCACAACGCGCGCUUUUGUGAGAAGGACCUACUUCAAACAAUCGACCGCGAGGCGGUGUUUGCAUACGCGGACGACCCUUGCAGCGCCAACUAUCCUCUCAUGAAGAAGAUGCGAGCAGUGUUGGUGGAGCACGCCUUGGCCAACGGUGAUGCUGAGCGCAACGCGGAAACCUCGGUGUUUGCCAAGGUUGCCAAAUUCGAGCAGGAGCUUUGUGCGACACUACCUCAGGAAGUUGAGGCUGCCAGAGGUGCAGUGGAGAAUGGCACCGCCGCAGAGCCGAACCGCAUCGUUGACUGCCGGUCAUACCCUCUAUACCGGUUCGUUCGCAAGGAGCUGGGAACGGUGUACUUGACCGGAGAGAAGACACGGUCCCCCGGGGAGGAGGUGGACAAGGUGUUUGUUGCUAUGAACCAGGGUAAGCACAUCGACGCGCUGCUGGAGUGCCUCAAGGAGUGGAACGGCGAGCCCCUGCCUCUCUGCUAAUCAUGGAGAUGAAGAGAAGAUGCUGUGCUUCAGGAUUCUGAAGGCUCCCCUUGUUCUGAACUGAUAAUGCUACUGUUGUUUGAUUUGGUUCUUUCUUUGUUUUUCCCCUCUUCUAAAACGUUGGUGCAUGCAACGUUCUUCCGGAGCUAGAGGCCAUUGCCAAAGAUUGCACUCUGCAAUACUUGUAGCGCAGCAACUAGAGCUUGUGCCAAUGUAAGCGAAAGGGCACAAAUUUUCAUGUCAAAUGUUGAUGUUCUGCUACUGAAUCAACACGUUCAGACUUACUGCA